AUGGCUUCAAGCUCAAGUGCAGAUAAACCAGAAGAUGGUGCAUGUGCCGGGGAAGGUCACUCUGCUGUCUCGGAAUUUCUCGGAAACGUAGAGUUACCAGCCACUGAGGCAGCAAUGUUUGCCGUGGUUCCGUUAGGAUGGUGUCCCCACUUAGAGGGAAGUGUGAAUCCAGUUCCGGAGGGAGGUUUGGUCACAAGUACCCCGUGCCAACAGUCUGGGUGUGAAGACACCAGAGAAAACUGGGUUUGCCUUUGUUGCUAUGGAGUGUACUGUGGAAGAUUUAUUAAUGAGCAUAUGCUAAUGCAUCAUCUUGAGUCAAAUCAUCCUUUGACACUAAGCUACGCAGAUCUAUCUGUUUGGUGUUAUCCGUGUGAUUCAUACGUUCACAAUAUAGCACUGUUACCAGCAAAAAGAGCAGCCCACCUCAGUAAAUUCGGACAAGAUAUUCCUGAAUGA